GAGUUACCAACCAUCGCUCGACCUUUGACUGGUGGAACGUCUAGAAUUAGUAGACGUCUGGGUUUGACUGGUCGAGGAGAUUUUUAGUUUGCUACACGUCCAGGCAGUAGAUCUACGAGUUUUACUGCAAGAGUAGUCAUGGUAGUAGAUCUACAAUGACUAUGACAUAUUGUAGUGGCUAGCAUGGCUCGUCUUUAUUGCCGUACAUGUAUCUGCAAUAGUAGCUGUCGCUUUGCUCAUGAACUGCACUACAACAAUACAAAACUUGUGACUUCACUCAGUGCCGUCUUCAGUUGCGAUUUGAGUCGUUCAAGUAUUCUCGGAUCCGCGCAGCAGGUAUCCAAGUGACGCAAGAACUAGAACUAGAAGUCGUUGUAGAAUCUUCCCUUCCCGGCCGCAUAUCAGAUAUUGCGGAACUUAUUUGCGGAUCAGUGGAGCUCGAGCUAGCGUGUUACUUUGCUUGAAAGGUAAUACUGCUAACAUGUCUGCCUUUGCCCCAGUAAGUCUGUGUAGAAGCUGGCAGCGAGCUAUACGUCACCACGGGUCCGCUGUGGCAGCGUGCACCCGUACCCCCGGUGUGGCAGCAACGUACCAUAGCGUGGCGUGUAGUGGUGUUAAACAGCGCUUGCCCGCUCGCCCGUUGAGUUCCGUUUCUGGGAAAUGCUGCAGCAGUGUACGGUGGAAAAGAACAGUGGCUAGUAGUGCCAACACGGCCACACAGCCUAAGCUGAUAACAUCGUCAAGUUUUGACGCCAAUGAGAGAAUGAUCAGCGUCCAGUUGGGUGAGUCACCCAGCAGCACAGUCUACACAUACCCGGGUAUUUACCUGCGUGAUAACUGCACAUGUCCAACUUGUCUACACACCAGUGGUAUACGGGCCAGGGAAAUGGUCAUGUGGGAACCGAGUGUCAUUGACAAGAUGACCAGCAUCAAGAAUGUUCAAACUGUGGAGGGCGGUAGCGCCAUGCAGAUCAAGUGGGGUGAUGAACAUGUCAGCACCUAUCCUGCAGACUGGCUUCGUGCCCAUCGACUCACUGCUGCCGACGCAAACAACCAGAUCAGCACUAGUCACUUUGUGUUGCCAGCCCGCAAGCACUGGCAGGCGGAUGGGUUUCCUCGCGACACAAACUUCUCCCUGCCGUCGCUGCUGAAGAGUGAGGAGAAGCUGCAGGAGUUCCUGUUGAGUAUGCACGAGUAUGGCGUCGCGCUUGUACGUGAUUGUGGCACCGAUGAAGGUGCUGUGAAGCAGCUGGCAGAGAAAGUAGCGUUCCUUCGGCACACCGUGUUUGGUCUAACGUGGUUGAUCCGUGUGCUGCCCAAUCCCAACUCCAUCGCGUACACAACCUACGAGGCGCCAAUGCAUAUUGACCUGCCAUACAUGGAUACUCCACCGGGGAUUCUCAUGCUGCACUGCCUGAGCCAGGCACCAACCGGAGGAUUGACAUACUGUACGGAUGGGUUCCACAUAGCUGAGCAGCUGCGGCGUGACGAUCCGGACACGUUCCGUGUGCUGUGCGAUGUGCCCGUGACUUGGUCCACGCACGGCCAUGACAGCAUAUCUAACAUGGAUUACUACUUCCAGGCUGAUGCCCCUGUGAUAGAGCUGGAUAGAGAUGGUGAUGUUAAGACAAUGCGACUCAACCAGGUACGGAGUAGCUUUCUGAAGCUGGAUGCGGACAAGGUGGCGAGGUUCUACGCUGCCCUGCACACGCUAUCGCGCAUGUCCUGCGAUGCCCGCUAUCGCGCCGCCGUGCGUCUUGAGCCGGGUGAGAUGAUCCUGAUCGACAACCAUCGUAUGCUGCAUGGCCGGUCAGAGCUGGACGCAGCUGGCGCAGCCGUGCGCUGCCUCAGCGGCGGUUACAUGGACUGGGACUUGGUGGUGUCGCGCAUGCGAAGCCAGCACAAAGCACUGGCCAAAUAAACCGCCCCGGCCCUGCUAUGCUCCUUACCACUGUAUGCUCUCCAGACUGCAGCACGAGAACUGCCUUUCUGACACGGGACUAUACAUGUAGCUGGCACUACUACUGGGACAAUCAAUAAUUAUUUAUAGAUGUGCUUGAUUCAUGUUCAUGUGAUCUGAUGCAGUGACGCAGCUCAUAUUGUUCCGUUAGAAAUCCAUGUAUACCUUGCUCCCUACUCUUAUCAGUUGUGGACUCCAAGCAACCAAACCAAGCUGAUAAUGUGGAUGGACUGCAGAGGUUUAGCCGCAAUACACUGGGCAAGAGUCAUGGAGAAAAGUAAUGCUCUUUUAUGUUGUGAAUGCAACCCUCAUUCACUUUUAAAACUUAUAUUUCCUUGCCAGAAAGGUUUUAGAAACAUUUCAAUUUCAAGGAAACAAAUCACCACUCUCACUUGACUUGCUUCAAAAUGGUACCUGUUCUUUUUUAACACACACACACACUUCAAGGUUUUCAAGCACACCACACACACAGAAAUUCAUAACACGAAUAUUCAGCUCCACUCACGGUUCAUACUCAUUUUCCAACCAAACAUGCACAUAUACACUGUACAUCUAGCACAAUAUAGCAGCAGAUAGGCUUGCGGCCAAAAUGCUUCAGAGGUGCAUCAUCAAUAUUGCUGGCUAGUAUUUUAAACUACAAAAGGUACCAGCUACCUUGUAGACUACGUGCAAGAGAAUACAGCCCUACCAAGUGCAGAAGCUGCUUGGAACACACUUGACUUGUGUAGCGGUGCUAUGCAGGGGACAGUUUUGGGCAAGAUGAACAGGACCAGCUACAUUGCUCAACAUUAGCUCACUUUUCAUUGCUGAAAUGCGUACAUGCACAUACCGCAUAAGUGAAGCAAAACACAACGGCUUGACCUAGCAUGUCUUUCAGAGCACAAUGUGAUUCCUAUGCUACAUUGAACUGACUGGCAACAUAUCCAAACA